CCUGGCUGAUGUCUCGCCGUCGUCCGGUUGGCUGUGUCUGAUCCCCGCUCGCUGUGCUCACCGUGUUCGUCGUUCAACAUGAUGAGGGCACUUCACGCACUCCCAGAACCCCCAAGGUCUGCUCGUCAAAGCAUCAGAGGCCUCCCACCUCUCCCGAUAGCGAAGCCACAACCAGGGCCAUCCCAACCAACCCAGCCAAGAGACUUUUGGAUACCGCAAGUAACCGAGUCAGGUCAGAUUUACUACUCCAACACCCUCACCGGUCAAGUCGCGAGCGAACUCCCAACAGAGGCUGACGAGGACGAGCUGUCUAAUGGUGGUCUUGCCGGACUGACCAGCUCUGUGACCAGCAGACGCGAUUACGCUGGGACUGGAUUAGGCCUCGUCAACGGCCCAUACUUUGAAGAAGAGCCCCUGGUUACUGCAGACUUUCCCCACCCUUCCGUGUCCCCAGCGCCCCCAGCCAGAUCCCCAGCACCGUACGCCCGAACGCCGACACUUACACCGCAGAUAGACCAGUACACACCUUCAGGUCUAUCCCUUCGCCGCGAACAGAUUGAACGCCCAGAUUCUGCCGCCGCUCAACCUUCUUUCGUUGCAUCAGGCUCUGCACAGCAGUCUUCGCCUUUUAUUGCUCCAGACGCUCCCAUGGGCCGACCCCGUGCGUCGACGUUUGAUGUGUCUGCUUCACCGCCACCACCUUCCUCGAACCGUCACAGCAAUAGGGUGCCAGGCGUUCUCUUCGAUUCUCUCACCGCGUCUAUCCGCUCCCGCCCCUUCAGCCCGCCCGGAAGCGACCGCUCGAGCACUAUUGGUCCGAGCGUCUCCAGGCGACCGUCCGACGGCGACUUGCAAAUCAGUCUCCCACAUGCUCCUCGCGCAAGCAUGGUCAGAAAACGCUCUCGCCUCCCUGUGCCACUACCCAGUCUUCCAGAUGUCCGCGAGCAUCCAUCGUCUUCAAGUUCGAGUCCGCUUCCGAUUACCAGCACUCCUUCGAGCACCAGAUCAUACUCUAACGAGCCCACGUCCCUCAUCAGUCUCUCGCUGCAAGAUCGUGAACCUACCCCAAUGCAGAUCCUCAACAAGCCACCUCCGACCCUGCAGGGUGCCCUCUCCCCUGACGAUCCCGAGCUUACCUCGGAGUUGCUCCACUUCACCCGCACCUGCAUCCACGCCGUCGUCAACCACCUCCAGGACCACGGCGUGCCCCGCCAGCGAAGUGAUGAGGACGCUGUCGACUCGAUGAUAAGCAUUGUCAUCUCCUCCAUGCGCGAUCUGCUCUACGUUUCCGGUCCUGGCUUCGGACCCAUACCCUCCUCCGUCCUCCUUACCGCCGGAUCUGACUCUCGAGACCAACGCAACUCCAGCACUGCAUCUCAGACGCACCUCAUCCCAGCACAGCGAAGAGCCAUUGCGACAUUGUCCAAGUUCGUCCUAUCAGCACGUGCCGUUCUCAACGAAGGGCCGUGGCGCACGAGUUACUCGAUCUCUCACCUGUUAUCCGACGCCGAGGAACUCGAGCGGUCCGUGAUGGAGUUCGUGCGGGUUGUACACCGAUAUAGGGACCGCGAAGUGCACGGCGAUCAGGGGUUCAAGCGCCUGAACGGCUACCUUACUGCUCCGCAUGCAUCACCAGGGAAGGCGGGUGCGGGUGUAGGAGGAGGCUGGAAGGGAUACGGGUGGGCGCACAUGGAUGAUAACGAGGAAGCCCCUCGCCGGAGUUUGGACAACGUUACAUUUCAUGAAUUUGGUCAUUACAUUUCCCUGGUCCAAUCCAAGUCGUCAACGCUUGGUGAUGUUAUGUCAGACAUGGAGCCAGCUCCGGUCAUUGCCGCAGCGCAGGCACUGGUGCAAGAGUUGUCAUCACUACUCGACUUCCUCUCUGACGUACACAUCGCACGCCACGUCGACAUCAGCCCUGUACAAGAAGACAGGCUAUCGGAUGGUGCACAGUAUGUCCGCCUUGUCGACAGAGCACGCGUCUUCGUUCGCUCGUUCGAGGCCAACACACAGGCUCUGUAUGAUGACAGUGCCCUCCUCUUUUCCACCGCGCAGCGUGUCAGUGACAGUCGGAAGGAAACCUACGACGAACUCGAGGCCAUCAACGAUUCGCUGGAUUUUAAUCUGCAGCUCGUCCGCCAGACGUUUGAGAACCUGCUGCGCGUUGGCCAGGAGCAGGCGGUUAUAUUGGAGCAGUCGCACAGGACACCGUUAGAGUGGCGGAUGUCGCAGAUAUCAACUGGCAAUUCACAGCGUAGUCUCGUGGAUGCGUCACUCGACGACCCAUUCGGCUCACAAGGUGACAGUCUCAACGGAACAUCCGAACGGGAUCGAAACAAUACGGUCAACGAUGGCGGGUCCUCGCCAAUACCACCACCAGUCCCCAGUGCUUCCAGCAAACCCACAUUCUUUAGCAACGCACCGUGGAAGUCGGAGGAAGACCUUGUCGGUGAAUUGGGUAAAGCACGCUUGCCCCCGCGGGGAGAGAAAAUUAAGAAGAUCUUUGGUGACGAUGCUCCCGAACACUACAUCCUCGCCUCAAAUGCCGACUCAAAACCCUGGUACCUCCGACCUAACUACGACUCACGCCAAAUCCUCAUUGAUCCUGACGGCAUUGUUCGAGGCGGUACCAAGCAGGCGCUUGUUGAAAGGCUGACCGCCCACGAAUACUCAGAUUGGACCUUCAACAGAGCCUUCCUGAUGACAUUCAAAUCCUUUAUCUCUCUUGACGAGCUUUUCAAGCUUCUUGUUGAGCGUUUUUGGAUCCAGCCACCACAGAGCCUAAAUGCUGCAGAACUAGUUGACUGGCGUGAGCACAAGCAACACGUCAUCCGUUCUCGAGUUAUCAAGAUUUUAAAAGCUAUGGUUCAAGACGAGGAAAUCUUGGAGAAGGACGACCUUUACAUCCUUGACCGCAUGCAAGAUUUCGCUUCAAGAGAGGAUGUCAUGACAUUUUGGGCCACAAAGCAGCUGUUGACUGCUAUCAAGGAAGUGCAACAAGGACGCGGGCGAAAACCUCAGCUUGCUGUGAACGUACCACCACCUCCGCCUAUUGCUCCCAAAAAGAUCGAACUGCUGGACAUCGAUCCAAUGGAACUGGCUAGGCAGCUGACCAUCACAGAGAGCCAGUUGUUCCAGCGAAUACCGCCGUCAGAAUGUCUGCAACGCUCUAAAGUACAAAAAACUGACUAUCAGGAUAACAUCGCGAACUUUAUUCGACGAAGUACGAUGGUCACACAUUGGGUGGAAUAUGCCAUCUUGUCGAGGGACGACCCUCGUAAACGAGCGAGCGUUAUGAAGCAUAUCAUUCAAGUCGCCGAUCGUUGCCGGUUCAUUCAAAACUUCUCGACGAUGCUGGCCAUCACAUCUGGGUUAAAUUCCUCUGCCGUCCGGCGCCUCAAGCGUUCAUGGGAGCAAGUCGGCGCCAAGUAUAUUUCCUUGCUGGACUCUUGCGAGACAAGUGGCAGUUCGUAUAAGAACUUCAGUACAUAUCGCAUUGCAUUGGGCAAAGUCACCCCACCAUGCAUUCCUUUCCUUGGUGUAUUCUUGACUGCUCUGACACAUGUCCAAGACGGCAUGAAAGACAAUCUGCCAGGUGAUUUGGUCAACUUUGGAAAACGCCAGAAGGCCUCGGAGGUCAUUCAGGAGCUACAAAGAUACCAAAUCAAGCCAUACAACUUCCACCCACUCCCAUCUGUCUUGGUGUACAUCGACGAUUGCCUAGGCCAGUUCAAGGACAAGGACGUUAGCGACACGUUUUGGAACCUCAGUCUCGAGCGCGAACCGCGGGAGAAGGAAGAAGAAAAGCUUGCACGACUGCUUCACGAGAGCGGUUUCUUCUAAGCGGUUCAGCCCCAUAUGCUUCCUCUCAUCUCGGCCAACAUACCAACAUGGAUCACACAGCGCAACAUUACUCACGACUAAUUACACUAUUGCUAUUUAUAUAUGCUUUUGGCUCUUUGGCAGACACUACUGUAGCACCGGCAGGCCUGCUGCUCUUUUGCUGCAUUACCACUGUACAGUCCUGUAAUUUGGGUUAACAUGCCACCUAGUUAUGAUACCCUUUCAGAUUUUCUUGGGAUAUCAGUUUCUACCCUCGUCAACUUGCUCAAGCUUGCGGCUCCGGAGUCGCGUUAUGCUAGUCUUUGAUGAUGUCAUUCGUUUAUUAGCCCCUAUACUUAGCACAUAGUCUUGGUCACCCGCAACAACGUUGUGCCUCUCUGGACCACCUUUCGUCCACUGGGUCGUUUCUGAGCAGCGGUAGUACUUAAAGCAGCUUCUACGAGCAACCAGGCUGCAUCUUCGCUUUCUGUUGAUACUU